GAGAGAGAGAGAGAGAGAGAGAGCUCAGUCCCUCUCAGUGCUUCCCUCUUCCUUCCUCCUCUCUAUAUUACAAAGGCAAAAGCCCAUUCCCUUAAACCUCCUUCUCCCCCGCCAUUGCAAAAGUCUCCACCUUUCUUCCUCCCCUUUUCUAGUGGGUCUAUACAGAGCCAAACCCAGAAGCUAGAAUUGAAUCAGCAAACCGAAUAAAUAAGGGAAAAGGAAGAAGAAGCUCUGCAUAUCUGGAAGAAGUACUAGUUGUUUGUGGAAAUGGCGAGCUGAGAUGAGAUCUUUACAAAGAGCUAAAAGGAUAUCCUUAUAUCCUUCAUCAGCUGAUGCUUAGCCAAACAUGAGGGUUUGAUUUGGAUGUUGAUAAUCCUUGAGAUCAAGAACUUGUGGGCAGCUUGAAGAAACAAUGCCAAAUCAGCUAUGGUUUGCACUGCUAAUGAUUUGUCAGAAUGGAAGGACUUCCCAAAGGGUCUUAAGGUCCUUCUUCUGGAUGAAGACAUCAGUUCAGCUGAUGAGAUAAGAUCAAAGCUGGAGGCAAUGGACUAUGCUGUUGCUACUUUCUGCAAUGAAGAGGAAGCCUUAUCAGCAUUCUCAGACAAACCGGAAAGCUUCCAUGUUGCUAUUGUUGAGGUGACGGUAGGCAAUGGCAAUGGGAGUUUUAAAUUCCUCGAAAGUGCUAAGGAUUUGCCUACCGUUAUGACUUCCAAUGUCAAUUGCCUUAGCACAAUGAUGAAAUGCAUCGCGCUAGGCGCAAUGGAGUUCCUCCAUAAACCACUCUCUGAAGACAAAUUACGGAACAUAUGGCAGCACGUUGUUCAUAAGGCCUUUAAUGCAGGGACAGCAACUGUCCAAUCUGAAUCGUUGAAAUCCAUGAAAGAUUCAGUGGUUUCCAAGUUGCAGCUCAAAGUAGAGAUUGAGGAGGCAGGUAAUGGGAAAUCGGAUAAUGAUGCAGAAACCGAGAAUAAUGUGUCCCCCACGGAUGACAACAAUGGUGGUAGUGAUGUGUACCCGGCUCCUUCGACUCCUCAGCUGAAACAAGGCGGACGGUUGUUGGACGAUGGAGAUUGUCAAGAUCAUACUAAUUUCUCAACAGAGAAAGAAACUGCUGAGCAAGAGGAGGAGUCUAAAUUUGUCGAAACUUCAGUUGCAAUGGCUGAAUUGAGUAUGCAGGUGGAUACUGAGAACAUAACUGAUGGAAAAAUCAAAGAAGAGGAUGACUUGUCAAGUGGUACCAGGCCCGACAAUCCCACGAGUCCUCUUGCCCAAAAUAGCAUGGAUCACAAGAAGUCUGAUGGUGUUCAAGACGGAUCCAAAGCAUCUAGUCUUAAAACUUCAGGAAUAACUAAAGCUAGUCGAAAGAAAAUGAAGGUAGACUGGACGCCGGAGCUGCACAAAAAGUUUGUGCAGGCUGUGGAGCAACUAGGUGUAGAUCAAUCCAUUCCGUCAAAAAUACUGGAGCUGAUGAAAGUUGAGGGCUUGACUAGGCAUAACGUAGCAAGCCAUCUUCAGAAAUAUCGAAUGCAUAAGCGGCACAUUCUACCGAAAUCAGAUGACCGGAGGUGGCCGCAACAACAGAAAGAUCAAACGAAACGGAGCUACUAUCCCACCCAUAAACCCAUCAUGGCUUACCCCCCUCCUUAUCAUCAACACUCUAAUCAUCCUUUCCCACCAAACUCCUCUGUCUACCCCAUGUGGGGAGCAACAGCAGCAGCUGGUAUUCACCCACCUGAAGUCCAGAUGUGGGGACAUCCUGGCUAUUUACCAUGGGCAGCAUCACCUGCAGAAAGUUGGCAUUGGAAACCUUACCCAGCGAUGCAUGCAGAGGCAUGGGGUUGCCCUGUGAUGCCACAGCCACCACCACAGUUGCCUUAUAAUUGCUUGCCUCAAGUAAGUACAUUGCGGAAGUUUUUGCUGCACAAGCAAAAUGCAUGUAUGCGUAGUAUAUUUGACUUUGUUGCAGUACCGAGCUCUGACGAUUGGAUUAUGCAGAAUCAACCAAAUUUCUAUGGUGCCACCAGCAUUGCUGAUAACCAUCACUGCAGUAUGCUGCAGAAUACUUUUGACCUACAGCCGGCAGAAGAAGUGAUAGACAAAGUAGUGAAAGAAGCCAUCAGCAAGCCAUGGCUGCCACUGCCCUUAGGGCUAAACCCUCCUUCCACUGAUAGUGUUCUAGCUGAACUCUGUAGACAAGGCAUCUCAGCAAUACCUCCACACAACAUCAAUAAUGGCUCCAAUUAUUCAUCUUGAUCACAAGGGUCCCGCAUUGCUAAUGAUGAUUCAAUGACCAUUAGCAUAUCUGAUGCAGGAUUUUGCCCCCAACAAAUAAUUCUUAGCAGAAGCUCCAUUAUUUCUUGACACAAAUGUGCAAAAAAGAAAGGACCCUUGACCUGUUUUGGUUAGGUGAGUUUGCUGGUUGGUGGCAUCUGCAUGAUAGUGAUGAUGAGGGGGAGUUCAUCUUAUCACUGUUUGUUUUGAGAGACCAUCAAUCAAAAUGGUCACAUGAAGAAGACACAAUUCUGAAAAAGAGGAGAUAAGAAACAGAAGAAAAGCUUUUCUGUCUCGUUGUUCCUAUCCCCAAAUUUCCUUGAGUGGGGAGGAGGAAGAAAAUAAUAGAGCCCGAGAGAAGUGAAGGGGUCAACAAGUUUGCAGGAAGGCCACGUUUAUGCAUUGUGAACCACUCUUUGAGAUGAGUGGCUGUAAAUAGAAGAAUUGGAAGGCGGGAAACAUCAAGUUGUAGUUUGGUUGUUUUUUUCGUCCUGAAUCUUGAUGAUGAUCUCGUGUUCUUAUUGAUGUUUGUCUUGACUCUUCUCUUGUUGUGUUCAUCCCAUUCCGCUUUCUUUUUGCUUAUUUUCAAAAGUCUAAUCAAGAUUGGAUCAUUUUGUAAAAAAAAAAAAAAAGAUUGGAUCAGAUACGUAUCUCUUUUAAGAUAGUGUUUACUCUAUUUU